CACACACACACACUCAGGCACUGCACGCGCACACACAUACACACUCAGGCACAGCGCACACACACUCACAUUCUAUUCAGAGUGCACCACUCAGCGACCGCUCCACUCAUUCAGCCUUGGCUCUCGAUGUCUCUUGGCUGCUUGCGUAGGAAAAGAGGCAGAGGCUGGCUGUGACUUUUGCUCCUCCAGGGGGAAUCAGAGGCGACACGGCACAGGCAGCAUGCCCUCAAACUCACACAUUACCACACACACACACACACACAUACACAUGGCUCACACACAAACAGCAGGAUUUAUAGCUCAGGAGUGGCGCUGAGUUAGAGCCCAUGCCUGUGACUUGACCUGACUGCUGAGGGAGUUCCUGCUUUUUGUUGUUCUGAUUCAGUGUGACUCCCCUACGCAGUCCCCGAGCACUUCCUCCACCAGACGCUCAGGAUUUCCGCAGCUUUCCCCGACCUGAGGACAUCACCUCCCAGACUUGUGAGGCCGCUGACCUCUUCAGCUGUUUGGACGUUUGUGACGUUUUUGUUCUGUGAACGCUGUGGAAGUGUCAAAGAGCCUCUGGCUGUGUGUGCAGCAACAGCUGAGAGACAUUACCCACAGAUGCCCAGACCACUGCGGGAACUAAAGCUGAUAUGGAGAUAACACACUCCUCCAUUUGAGUCCAUCCAUCUGAAUAAUUAAUUCCCGGGACCCUGUGGAGCCAUGCGUCUAUCCUCUUGCACAGAAGGAGGGAGGCUGCCACUGUUGCACCUCCUUGGUCUCCUUCUGAUGGUCAUGCUCUCCUGUGGGCCUCAGCCUAGCCUGUCCAAGUUCUCCCACCACCACCGGGAGCACCACCAUCGUAGCCACCAGCACCACAACCACCGCGACAUCGUCCUGGCUGUGGUGCUGCCCCAGAACAAUACCUCGUACCCUUGGGCAUGGCCGCGAGUGGGCCCGGCAUUGGACCGCGCCAUCCACCUCAUCAACCGGGACCCCACGCUCCUGCCCGGCCGCAACCUGAGCCUGGAGUUCGCCAACAGCGAGGACCACCGCGGCAUCUGCUCCGAGUCCGUGGCGCCGCUCAUGGCCGUCGACCUCAAGUUCGCCUUCGACCCCUGGGCCUUCAUCGGACCGGGGUGCACCUACACCUCGUCGCCCGUCGGGAUGUUUACCAAACACUGGGGGAUCCCCAUGGUGACCGCUGGUGCCCCUGCCGUCGGGUUCAUCCUGGCAGACAUGUAUACCAGUAUCACCAACACGGGUCCUACCCACACCAAGCUGGGGGAGUUCGCCCUCCACAUCUGCCGCCAUUUUGGGUGGCACCAACACACCAUAAUUAUGUUUAGUGACAACAAGUUGGGGGACCGUCCCUACUACUUUGCUGCUGAGGGCCUGUACACCAAACUACAUGAGGAGAACAUCACUGCACAGGAUCUAGUGUUUGAGGAUGACGCGGUGAACUACACAGAUAUCAUCUCUAGGAUCCAGAAUGAGGGGCGAGUGGUAUUCGCCUGCUGUUCACCAGACAUCUUCCGACAGAUCAUGGUGCAGUUCAGGAAGGCAGGACUGCCUCAGGAGAAGUAUGUCUUCUUCUAUAUCGACGUGUUCGGACAUAGCCUCAACUCACAGUAUGCCCGCCCAUGGGCCAGGGAUGACCCGGAUGAUCCCAUUGCUAAAGAGGCUUUUCAGAGCGUGAAGAUCCUGAGCUACACGGAGCCCCAGAACCCAGAAUACAAAGACUUUGUGAUGAACUUGAAAACAGAUGCCAAGAGGAUGUUCAAUUUCACCGUGGAGGAUUCACUGAUGAAUAUCAUCUCUGGAGGAUUCUAUGAUGGUCUGAUGCUGUACGCUCAUGCUCUUAAUGAGUCCAUGGCGGGAGGAGAGGGCAUGAUGCCUGUGGCUGAGAAUAUCACCAAGAGGAUGUGGAACCGCACUUUCCACGGAGUGACAGGAUUAGUGCAGAUUGAUGAGAACGGUGACCGUGAGACUGACUUCGCCCUCUGGGACAUGACGGACACCAACUCGAGUGUCUUCCAGAUUGUGAUGGUGUACAAUGGCACUCAGAAGCAGAUGUCCCCUGUGCCAGGGAUGGUCAUCCAGUGGCCAGGGGGCUCCAUCCCACCUGACGUGCCGGAAUGUGGCUUUAAGAAUGACAGUCCAGUCUGUCUUGACAGAACCAUCACAAUGCAGCAGAUGGUCACCAUUGUGGUAUUUUUUGUCAUCAUCAUUAUCCUCACGGUCACAGUGUUUGUGUACAGGAAGCUGAAGCUGGAGAAUGAGCUGGUGGCCCAGCUCUGGAGGAUCUCCUGGGAGGACAUUCAGAUGAGUAACCUGGAGAAAGUGUUGCGCAGUGCAGGCAGCAAGCUCACCCUCUCCCUGAGAGGCUCCAACUACGGCUCUCUGCUUACGGGAGAUGGCAACUUCCAGGUGUUUGCCAAGACUGGCUACUUUAAGGGUAACAUCGUCGCAAUCAAAUACAUCGACAGGAAACGCAUUGAGCUGACAAGAAAAGUGCUCUUUGAGCUGAAACAUAUGCGAGAUGUCCAGAAUGAGCAUCUGACACGCUUCAUCGGUGCUUGCAUCGAUUCUCCCAACAUCUGCAUCAUCACUGAGUACUGCCCACGUGGCAGCCUGCAGGACAUUAUGGAGAAUGAAAGCAUCACACUGGAUUGGAUGUUCAAAUAUUCUCUCAUCAGUGAUAUUGUUAAGGGUAUGGCUUUCCUGCAUAAUAGUGUGAUCGUCUCCCAUGGCAACCUCAAGUCCUCCAACUGUGUGGUGGAUAAUCGCUUUGUGCUUAAGAUCACCGACUACGGCCUCUCCAGCUUCCGAACCGAUUCUGAUAUCAAGGAUGCCCAUUCCUACUAUGCACGAAGGCUGUGGACGGCUCCAGAACUGUUGAGGAUGGAAUGCCCUCCACCGGCAGGCACCCAGAAAGGCGACGUCUACAGCUUCGGCAUCAUCCUGCAGGAAGUGGCGCUGCGCUGUGGAGUUUUUUACCUGGACGAGGACUCCCUAAGUCCGAAAGAGAUCAUUGACCGCCUGGCCAUGGGCGAGUGCCCGCACCUGCGUCCCACCGUCAACCCCCAGAUACACAGUGAGGAGCUGGGCCAGCUAAUGCAGCGCUGCUGGGCCGAGGACCCGUGUGAGAGGCUGGAGUUCAACCACAUCAAAAUGCAGUUGCGCAAGCAGAACAGGGAGCACAGCAGUAAUAUCCUGGACAACCUGCUCUCGCGAAUGGAGCAGUAUGCCAAUAACUUGGAGGAGUUGGUGGAGGAGAGGACGCAGGCUUACCUGGAGGAGAAGCGCAAAGCGGAGGCACUUCUUUACCAGAUCCUUCCACACUCAGUUGCAGAACAGUUGAAGAGGGGGGAGACGGUCCAGGCUGAGGCAUUUGACUCGGUCACCAUCUACUUCAGUGAUAUAGUUGGGUUCACUGCCCUCUCCGCAGCCAGCACUCCCAUGCAGGUGGUGACCCUUCUCAAUGAUCUCUACACUUGCUUUGAUGCCAUCAUUGAUAACUUUGAUGUUUACAAGGUGGAGACUAUUGGAGAUGCCUAUAUGGUGGUGUCCGGCCUCCCGGUUCGCAACGGGAAGAUGCACGGUCGGGAGAUUGCCCGCAUGUCGUUAGCUUUACUGAAGGCUGUGCGAACGUUCAAGAUACGCCACCGGCCGGAUCAGCAGCUUAAACUGCGCAUAGGAAUCCACAGCGGCCCUGUUUGCGCCGGUGUGGUUGGACUGAAAAUGCCUCGGUAUUGUCUCUUUGGAGACACGGUCAACACAUCCUCUCGCAUGGAAUCCACUGGCGAAGCCUUGAGAAUCCAUUUGUCAGAGGCAACACACAAUGUGCUGCUGGAGUUCAACUGUUUCCAGCUGGAGCUGAGAGGAGAUGUGGAGAUGAAAGGCAAGGGGAAGAUGAGGACCUACUGGCUACUGGGGGAGAGCACAAGUGACAGUGACUAAACGCUUUCUGCGGCCUGUGACAGAAUGGACAAACGGGUUGAGGAUGGGGGGUCACUGUUGGCCACGACACAAAAGAAACUCUAGAAGUACGCAUACUCUUGAAUCGCACCCCUCACCACCACCACCACCACCAAAAAAAUAAAAAAUACACUUUCUAUUAUCACUUGUCCCAAUUGUGUGGAUUUGGCCUUUUGUUGCUUUGUAAAUGUUUCAGUGUUUUUCACACCACUCAUAUAUGGUUCUGCAAGAAUGAAGAAUUCAGUCCGGUGGUGGCAGUGUCUCUCUUCGUCUUGUUAAUGGUUAAUGAUAUAGCAUUGCCAUCUAGUGGUCCUGUAAUGUAAUCCGGCUGGCGUGGCACAUUGGAAAAUAUUCAAGCACUUCAAAGAACAAACAACUGAGCCUUAUUUGGUAUAAAAUGUUGAAUACACUGUGUGUGUGUGUGUGUGCGUGUGUGUGUGUGUGAGUGAGAGAGAGAGAGAGAGAGAGAGAAUGUGUGCAUAACUAUGUUGGUACUCCUACAACACUUUAAGUAAAUCUCACUAAAGAAUAACUGCAUAGAAGCAGAAGACCAUUAGCUCACUUACACUAAAUAUCAUUAUUCACCGGAAAUGUGCUCAAAAUGACAGCUAUGUAUAAAUAUCUUGCCAAGAUGUGAUUCUUUGUAGUUGUAUCAAUGUAUAUCUUUUAUGUCACACAACCUGGCAAUAAGUUGGACACUUGUUGAUGGUACUCCAGUUUUUGCCGGUGCCAGUAUGGUUAGCCACCUGUCUUGGAGCUCAACCGAUUCAGUGUUUCAUUGACCUAUGGGAGAAAUGGAUCGAGUACUUUGCCACAACAAUAUAGUAUAUCAGCAAGACUGUCAGCGAUGACCUGAAAACAAUGAACUCUAGUUUUGGUCAUUGCUCAGAAAUCACCGAUGAAAGGACACUGCUUCAGCUGACAUUCAAAAGGUUUAUAUGGAUGAAGCUACUCUCUUAUCAUCGUGAAACACUGAGAUUGUCUGUAGUAAUGGAUUCUUUGGCAAUAGAUUUACAGGAAGAAUGUCUUCUAGGGGAUUAUGUAUUUUAUGUUCCAUACAUGUGCCAUAUGGUGGUUUAAAGACUAUGUUACUUUUGAUGUGAUUUGUUGUUCAUUGUUUAAAUAGUUCAUUGUAACUUACAUAAUAAUGUAGCUUCCCAAGAUCCGUUACCCUGUUUUCCUGUCUGUGUUGUUUGUUUUUUUAAGAAUUAAAAGAUCAAAUGCC